AUGCGGAUGAAUAACUCCUGUGAAAUGUUUAUGUCAUGCCUUGUGAUGCGGGCUGGCCACAAGUGCCGGUUUGUGUGCUCUCGUCGCCACCUCCAUGGUGCUGCGGCGAUGGUGCUUGCACGCGGGACGUAUUGUAGCCGUCCAAACAAGGAAGAGGGAGGUACUACUGGCCGUGGCGGAAGUUCGGACGACACGGUACAUUACCCCGACGCUGUGGCGAUAGUACCGGGGGACUCGCUCCUCACAUCCGAAGGACUCCGGAACUACAGGGACUGUUACCUCCGGCCGCUCUUGCUGCAGAAGCGGAAGGCGUUACGGCAACUCACGGGCAUCAAAACUCAGUGUGAGACGGUAGCGCUUCAGUACGCGGACUACUGCGCGGCAGGGUUUUUUGUGUUGCUGACGGCACAGGCAGUCACACUCUUCUACUGGGUGUACUUCCUUUUUGAUUGGAACCUCGUGGAACCAAUCACGUACCUGCUUAGCUACAGCGCGGUGUGGCUUGCCAUCGCCUGCCACGCAACAACGCAACGGGAUUUGACCUACGAAUCCUGCACAGAGAUGAUCACAGCGCACUAUCGUUCUGUGCUGUACCGCCGGCACAACUUUGAUGUGCAACUGUGGCGGCAGCUGACGGCAGAAGUAGAGCUGCUGGAGGAGCGACUGCGGGGCUUGGAAGGUCUCUGA